AAAAUCGUCUGUAUCUCACAAGUCUCCCAUUCCAAUUCAUCGAUUUUUGUUCCGCUGAUCGCUACUCGACAGUCUCUCUACCACACCACAACUAAAUAAUUCACCUCACCUCCCGAAUGAGACCGAAGAAAUAGAAUACAUCAGAAAGACAAGACACGGAAAUGUCAUUGAACUGCAAGAAUCGGGAUACUGGCAACGAUUUUGAUGGAAAUACAAGAGAAACUUCGGAGUCUGAAACAUCCAAUUAUCCCUCAGGCCUAAAAUUGAUUUUCAUCUUUGUGGCUCUCUGCUUGACGGUCUUCUUGGUCGCCUUGGAUCAAACAAUUAUAGCUACCGCCAUCCCAACCAUCACCUCUCAAUUCCAUAGCGUGGAAGAUAUUGGAUGGUGGGGUAGUGCUUUUCUGCUCACGACUUGUAGCUUCCAACUCUUCUUCGGCAAGCUUUACUCUCUAUUAUCCAUCAAGUGGACUUUCAUUGGUGCCGUCUUAAUCUUCGAAAUCGGUUCGGCUAUUUGCGGCGCCAGCCCCAAUUCCGUUGUCCUUAUCGUUGGUCGAGCUGUUGCUGGUAUUGGAGGCGCAGGCAUCUUUUCUGGAGCACUGAUAAUCAUCGCGAAAUCAGUACCCCUUUCGAAGCGACCAGCCUUUGCAGGAGUUAUAGGAGCUGUGUGGGGCAUAGCGAGUGUAGUUAGCCCUUUAUUAGGAGGCGCGUUUACAAGUCAUGUCUCUUGGCGCUGGUGCUUCUACAUCAAUCUCCCUAUCGGUGCCCUAGCCCUCCCGUUCAUCAUUGUUUUCCUCCCCUCACAAGGUCCACAAAUGCAACCGAAACAAAAAGGCUGGGCUAUCUUAAGCCAGUUCGAUCCCGUUGGAACAAUUCUAUUCGUGGCAAGCAUCAUUUGUCUUUUGAUCGCACUCCAAUGGGGGGGCACCCAGUAUCAGUGGAGUGACAGCCGCAUGAUUGCUCUGCUGACUGUCUUCAGUGUACUUCUUGUCGCUUGGGUCGUAGUGCAAUGGCGACGAGGUGACCAUGCUACGGUACCGCUCCGGAUCUUACGGCAACGCACAGUUGCAUGCUCAACCUUUUAUAUCUUCCUAGGAAGUGCUUCAUUUGUUCUGCUCAUUUACUAUCUACCAAUAUGGUUCCAGGCAAUUAAAGGGGACUCUGCAGACCAGUCGGGAAUUCAUAGCCUACCAACGGUGUUGAGUGUUGUGGUAUUUGCCAUCUCAGGUGGAUUUAGCGUUACUUUUGUGGGAUAUUACACCCCAUUCAUGAUAGCAGGGUCGAUGAUAAUGGCGAUCGGUGCGGGUUUACUUCUCUUGUUUAGAGUGCACACUUCCCUCGUCAUGUGGCUGGGGUUCCAAAUUGUUUUCGGUGCGGGGGCUGGGAUGGGGCUUGAGCUUCCAAAUAUUGCUGUCCAGACAGUUCUUCCCGAGAAGGACGCCUCCAUCGGGACAUCAUUGGUGGUGUUCGCUCGUUCUCUUGGGGGUGCUAUUUUCGUCUCGGUGGGACAGAAUAUUUUCAGCAGUCGCAUUGUCUCUGGUAUCCAGGCUCGUGUUUCUGAGCUAGAUACCUCUGUUCUCCUUCAGGCCGGAGCAACAGAGGUGCAAGAAACAGUGGAACAAGCUGUCCUGGAGAUAUACAACGAAGCCAUCGUUCAGACCUUUGUACUCGCCUUAGCUUUGGCCUGUAUGUCGAUUCUGGGUGCAAUUGGCGCUGAAUGGCGAACAGUGAAACGCCUCCAGCAGAGGGACAGCACCGAGCAGAAUGUUGGAUGCGAGUGA